AUGACACGAGAACCUUCUUCAACUAAUCAAGCACAAAAUAAAGAGUCAAUACCUAUUGAAGAAUGUGAAAAAGAAGUGAUUUCCAACCCAGAUUACAUAAAAAACGAUAGACAAAACAAUAAACUCACGAAUGCCAAUGAUAAUAAUAUAAACGAAGACGAGUCGAAUGUUCCUGAUUUGAACGAAUUUGAUAACGCAUAUC